AUGGAGCAUGAAUCUCGAAGGAAACGGAGCAAGUUGUGUUUUGGAAAGGGAAAUGAUUCUAGUUCUCUCUCUUCUUUUACUGUUUCCAUUUCCAUUUGCAAAGCUUUGUAUACCGCAUCAACACCAGCGCAUGUUCUCUCUGUGAACCAAGCAAGGCUUCUUUUCUCCUCUGUUGCAGUUGCAAGGAUUCUUUUGAAUGCUAUAGCCAUGGUAGAUUUUGAUCAAGAAAAUAGUGAGAUUACCUUUGGUCUUUUGGACUCGUCCUUUAUGAUUCCGUUUACAUCAUCUUUGUCUUCUAAAGAUUUUUCCACUGAAAGGCUUCAGAUGUAG